CGUCCCAUCUCCAACUCGGCCCUCGCAAUGGACUCUCCCGGCUCGAUUCUGUCAGACUAUGCCUCAGACGACUUCCCCGAGGAUGUCAAGGGCCGCCGCCGGCUCAGCAUGGAGGACCACGACGCGCGCCCGAGCAAGCGUCUGCGCCUGAACAACCGCGCGCCCUCUUCGCCGCCAGCACACGCCGGCGCCCACGCGGCAGACGAAUAUGGCGAGCUGUCGGAAGACACGGAUGGCUCGGUGCCUGCAUCGCCGCACCACCAUCACCCGGGCAUGUCGCAAGACGACGACUUUGGCCAGGACCAGGUCACCGUGUGCAAGUGGGAGGGCUGCGAGGCGGGCGACGUGGAGAACAUGGACAACCUGGUCGAGCAUCUGCACGAGGACCACAUUGGAACACGGCAGAAGAAGUACAGCUGCGAGUGGAGUGACUGCACACGGAAAGGGAUACCGCACGCCAGCGGCUAUGCCUUGAGGGCGCACAUGCGGAGCCACACGCGGGAGAAGCCCUUCUACUGCACAUUGCCCGCAGAAUGCGACCGCUCCUUUACACGCUCCGACGCCCUGGCAAAGCACAUGCGCACUGUCCACGAAACCGAAGCCCUGCGCCCCUCCGACCCCGUCCCCAAACACCACUCCUCGAACCCGUCCAACCGUUUUCAGCGCAUUAAGCUGGUGCUCAACAACGAAGGCAAGAAGGACUCGCAGGAAAAGGGCUCUACGCCUGCCUCUCCGUCCUCACACACACACCCACUGCCCAGCGCGCCUGUGGUUCCUCCAGUGGGCUCUGACGCAGAAUAUGCGCACAACAACGUCGUCUACCUGCAAGACCUUGCGAGUCCCAAUGCCCCCAAAAUCGUCCAGUUCCCACCUGAUAUAACAUUUACCGAACGCGAAUUGUCCCUGUCUGCGCCAGAGCUGUUCCAAGCACUGCGUCGACAGCUGCACUGGGCGACCCAGGAGGGCGAACAAUUGCGCGCUGAAGCUGAUGCGCUCGAGAUGGCGCGCAAAGAAGAAUGGGAGGCCAAGGAAUUGCUGAUGGAGAACUACAUGGAAGCUGAGACUGUAGAUGCGCGGCGGAGAGGCGUAGGGGGAGCAUUAUCCGAGUACUCUCAGCCCUUUGAGCAUAUUGAACACGAUAUUGUACCAUCGAGAAGUCUGGAGCUCAAACCGAAAGAUGGGAAACUGCCUUGGUGGCGGGACGAAGCGUGGAACGAGCGACAACGGGGAACGCGGGACGUCAGACAGGACAUAUCAGAGAAUGGGGCACCGUCAGUGGAUGACAGGUACGGCGACGUGAAGCCUCACGUCUCGGUAACUUGA